GCACUUGACAUCGAUUCUGACAGGCACCGCAAACCGAAAUGUGACCGUCGUGUGCCGAUCUGUUUUGUAAUCACGUACCCUUCCUAAGAAAACAUUGAACAAAAUUUUCUACGACAAAAACCCUAGUGAAAUUGAUUGCAUUUUAACUAAACGAACAUGUUGAAAGUUCCAUCUGGUGCCCGGCUGCUAUCGGAAUUCAUUAAAAAUGCCACCACACAUAAGACGGCGGCGCGAUGGUACUGCGUCGCUUCUUCUUCAUCCGGCUCGGAAGGGAAAUCGUUUCUGUCUUAUGACAAAGAUCCGGGGCCGGUGUUUAUGCGCGAGGACGUUCAAAAGCUGCUGAAAUCGAUGACCCGGCUAGAGCUGGAUCGGGUCUUCCGGAAGCGUUCGGUCAGGGAUAACACCGUGGAGUACAAAUUCAUGACCGAUGAUCAGGUGCGCCGGGAGGUAAUGCAAUCGAUUGGAAGAGCAGACCGAAUGCUACAGAUGCCUCCGGUCGUGGACGUAAUGCACGAGAACUUGAAGGUCCUGUCGAAGGAUGGAGCACUCAAAGGCUUCUCCGAGGCGAAGAUGGUCUUCACGGAUAUCACAUUCGGGUUGAAGAACAGUAAGCGAACCAUUGUGGAGCGCCUUCCGGAUGGGACGCUGCAGGAAGCUGCCUACGAGACGCGGAAACGUUUGAACCAGAUUUACUUCCCACUGAAGGGACGAUACGUGCGAACGCCAAAGAUGUUCGAGGCGGGCAAUCUUAAAAAGAUCCUGGAGGCAAAGGAAUACGAGUUUGUGCUGGACAGGGCUUGCGUUCAGUUCGAACCUUAUGAGAAGGAAUAUCACAAUUUGACCGCCACUGUUUAUCUGCACGUGAACGAAAACAAGGAAUUUGAUUCACUGCGAUCGACGAGACACUUUGGACCGAUGGCAUUCUUCUUGGCGUGGCAUCGAUUGGUGGACGAUUUGCUGCUGGAUAUGAUCAAGCGAGAUUAUUUGAGAAACGGAGUCGAACUGAUUGCCUUGUUUGCUUCCCUGCACGAAGGAGUGCAAGUUAAGGCGGAAGGAUUCGACCAACUGAAGGAUUUCGUGCUGAGUUCGGAAGCGCCCAUGUUCACAGCGGAAGACAAGAGCCUGGAAGAUCUGCAACAGGAUGAAAAGUAUCUCGCUGUCAUAGAAAAGUUUGUUACCGACCAUUGUACCAAGAAAGUGCAGCUCAAUUUGGCGAUUGCGGCGUACAAAGAGAUGGCCCUCGAGAGGCAACAAUUGGCGGAAGGAAUUCGUAAGAUGCACGGCGGGAGAUAGGCUAUAGUUUCUGGUUUAAGAUAGAGCGUACACACAUACCAAUAAAAGGCGAUGAAGCUA